UCGUUUUUAUUAAGAUUUAUUUAGUUUCACAUUGUUUGCCACAAAAUAUUUUUUUUAGGUUCCAAAGAGAUAUCGUCGCUUCCUUCUCAACAUGGGCAACGAAGGUAACAAAGGACCUCCGGGCAUUAUAACUCUCACUUUUUCAAUACUGACACAUUUUCUGCUCGUGGCUCCUGUGAUAUACAUCCUAGUACUUUCCUUUGAGGAUUACAGCUUUUUCUCAUGGCAUCCGAUUUGCAUGACUGUUGGGGUCGGUCUUCUGGUCACAGAAGCUGUCUUUAACAUCUCCGGUGAGGCGUACAUCGCUUGGAAGCUGCCCAGGCGUAACCGAGUGACGAUACACUGGAUUCUACACACGAUGGGUUUGAUCAUAAUCGGGAUCGGCUUGAUCAUCAUCGUCGUCAAUAAGAUCAACCAUAAUAAAGAUCAUUUCGCCACGACUCACGCGCAGCUGGGUCUGACGACAAUUGUACUGACCGUUCUCGUCGCCGCUUUCGGGGUCCUGGCGAACAACACCGUUUGGAUAUAUCCACGUGUAAGGCCGGUGCUCAUCAAGGUCGCUCACGCUUGUGGUGGCAUCGGCGUGACUAUCCUUUUGCUAGCCACCCUCAUCAACGGGACCUAUACCCCUUGGUGGUCCGGUACCACGGUCGGAAGAGACUUGAUAUUCGCAUCGUGGUUCUUUGCGGGCCUCUUGAUAUUGGUGAAACCGAUACUCGGCGUCGUUUCGAGGUGUAAAGUCGUAUUUGGACCACCCUCGAGCGACUCAUGAAGUCUUGUCGAUGCUGAAAGUCUGACAAAGGUCACAUCGGGACGCGGAUGAGAUAUGAAAGUUGUAUUUCGGAAAUAGAACGCACUCGAUCGAUUCGUGAAAAAAAUAACAUUGUUUUCGUGAUUGUUAAAUUAAUUAGAUUUUGAUUGAAAAGCUGACAGUUACGAAAUUUGAUUUCGACGAGUGGCUUAUUUUCGAAACGACUGUUAUGGAAUACACGAUGGAGUGGUGAAAGACCAAAGAUCGUAGAAUUAAUUCUGUUAUUUGGAUGUUACGUUUUCCCAUUAUGUAUCCCAUUAGAGAUGACGUUUGUACAAAUUGCGGGGAAAGGGAGUUAUUAAAAUGUAUCAGAAAUCAAUUACCACGAACGCUCGGAGAUUCGGCGCAACACGUUGUUAACCAUGUAUACCAACACUUUAUUGAUUACAUGCAUCGUAAACAUUUAUAUACAUUACAAAUUUAUACGCGCACGCAUGCAUUUGUUGGAUGUGCUCGAAACAUUUAUAUUUACCUUUAUAUUUUUUUUAUGCAGUGUAUAUAUGUAAUAACACAACAUAUUUAUUUGGUAUUUUCAUACCUUUAUAUAUAAUAUAUAUAAUAUAUAUGAUGUAUAUAUAAUAUAUAUAAUAUAUAUAAUAUAUAUAAUAUAUAUGUGCAUAACUUAUACAUUAACACACAAUCGUUACCUUGAAUUAAAUUAUUGUUAAUAACUUUCGUCUUCGAAAGGAUCCAGUCCCUCCAUUUUUUAUUUUAUUACUAUUUAAAUUAACAAGUCAACAUACAUAGACAUUCUUUUUUGUUUUCUAUUCAGGAUAUAUGUAUUAUAUAAUUCUAUUAUUUCUAUCUCUCUUCAUACGUGUAAGUCUCUCUAAUACUGUAUACAUUUUCAGUCAAGGCAUUAUUGUAUUUUGUUUAUAUACCUUUCAGUAUAUUCACAAUAAAAACUUCACAUUAGUACUUUGGUUCUAUAAUAAAAUUGCUCUUUUUGCAGAAAAUAUUUACUCUAAUAAUAACAUCACUCAUAUUACUCGUGAUGAAAAAAAAAACAUAAUUUCUUUGCAGUGAUCCGCCCUCGACGGGAAAAUCCUCUUUCUAUUUUCUUUCAGAAAAGAGGCUGAAUUCUUGAAAGGAAGCGCCUUUUUUCCAUUGCCAUUAUUAUAACUGGGACACAUUAAUUUGUACUCUUCGCUCUAACGAUUGCUCGUAACGAUAUCAGAGCUGUAACUUACGCGAUGACAAUGUUAUCGCCGUAUUGUUACAGUUCAUAAUGCGUUACUGCUCUUAAUUCUACUUAUUAUUAGAACAGUUAAUCGUCUGACUUGACUGGCACAAGAACCAGCAUCGUGACUAACAUUAUAUUACUUUACACGGCAAGGUAUACAUGUGUAUAUACCUUUACAAUUAUUGUAUGUGAGGUAGGUCACAUGACUAGCGUAUGACCUAAAAAACACUAAAAUUAUUGAACAUUUAAGUGGCUUGGCGAGGCAAUAGCCGAGAGGAGAAACAAUCACGUACAUCUAACGGCAUGUUCAUAGUAUAAUAUUGGCUCUAAGUUUUAUAAAUUCUGCUACAAAUUUAAAAUACAGAUUACUAAAAUACCCUUUUUUUAUCUUAUCUUUUUUCACUUCAAACUUACUAAUAUCUGAAACGUGUUCACAAUGAUAUUUGAUACUACAAUCCGACAUGCAUUCACAAUAGUUUAUAGAUCGUCUCUUCUUUAAUUUCUGAGCUAUUUAAAUAUUAUUACUAAAAUUUUUAAAUUGCUAAUUUUGUAGUUAAUUUUAUUCUAGUUACAAACAAAUAUUUUUGAUUCUGAUUUCUCUACUGCCAAUUUAUAAGCGUUAAGCGAUUUAUAAUCCGAUUAGUUUAUCAGUAUGUACUCACUCGAGAUGGUUGUCUCUAAGAUAUCUCGCAUUAAAAUUAAAAAUAUAAAAGUUUGGGGGACUGAUUUUUUGAUAUUUUGCGGUAAAAGAUGAAGACUAUUCCGAGCAAGACACUGGGAUAAUUGGCAUAUAAAUAUUACUUCCGUACUUUCAUAUACAAAUUUCUUUCCAAGAACUAAGGCCACUCUCUUUAUUUACGAAGUUUUUCACUUAUGCAGAGUCAAGUUUUUUCUUGAAAAAAUUAUCAAGGCAUCAAUAAUUUCUUUAUAAGUUUCAUUACAAUAGAUUGAGAUAGAAUAUUUUGUUAGAUUAUCGCUUAAAAUUAUUCAAAAAAUAUUUUUCACAAAAAUGAAAAAUUGCAAGUUUUCCCUGUUAUUCGCUAUUCGUCAAUAAAUCAUCUAUACAAAUCUCCACAAUA